AACUGAGUGAAAAACGUGAAACUCAUAAAAGCAAAAACUUUAAACGAUUCUUAUCCCUUUGUCUUUAAAUACGCUCUAUAAACAUCCACUGAGUAACCUCUUUGAUGUCAAUUUAAUGACAGGCUUGUAAAUAAGGUUUUUUGAUGUUUUCAAAAAAACUACUAUUGUAAGUUGUUUUAGUGAUGGAGUUUCAGCCGAUUAUCAUGGCUGCUGGUCCUGGCAGUAGAAUGUCAGACCUCACGUCUAAAUGUCCAAAAGCUGCCUUGCUGGUUGGGAAUCGACCGAUGGUCUGGUACCCAAUUAACAUACUGGAGAAAGCUGGAUUUGAAGAAGCAAUAAUUGUUGUGGACAGUGAUGACCAAGCGGAGAUACAGAGGGUGCUUACCGAGUCCUGCUCAGUUAAGCUUCGCCUGGACUAUGUUCCUGUGUCAAAUCACGAUGUCGGAACUGCAGAUGUUCUCAGAGAGAUCAGACACAAAAUUACGACAGACCUCCUGAUCAUCAGCUGUGACCUAAUUACUGACAUCUCUCUACACAACAUUGCCAAUCUUCACCGUACCCAUGAUGCAUCACUGACCAUGCUUUUAUCCCCUCUCCCAUCGCAGUUCUAUGAGGCAGUAGCCCCAGGAGCCAAGUCCAAGAAACAAUUGGAAAAGGACUUUUUUGGAUUUGAUGAAAAGGGGGAGAGGAUAUUAUUUACACAAUCUGAGGCUGAUGUCGAUGAAACCAUAAGUGUCAAAAAGUCUGUUUUGAAAAAACAUCCUUAUAUGUGUAUAAAGUCAGGACUAACAGACUGUCACCUUUAUUUAAUGAAGAAAUGGGUAGUUGAUUACCUAGCAGAAAAUGAGUCAAUAGCCUACAUAAGAACAGAAUUAGUUCCCCACCUAGUCAGAAAACAGUUCACUAAGGCAAAGGUCAAGGACAAGUUACCACAGGCCAACCAGUCUGUCCUCUCUGAGACUCAGAAAAUGAACAUAUUGAAGUUUUCCUCUGAGGAGGAGUAUGCUGCUGAUAUUCGAGAUAUGUCAUCUUGGAACGAUCACCGUGGAGACAUGGCAGACUGUUACCAUGGAGACAAAAUUCGUUGUUAUGGUUACAUUCAAGAUGGAGGGUUAUGUAUGCGAGUGAAUACCAUAUCAUCAUACAGUGAAGCUAAUCGUCAGAUACAGAAGAUCUUCACACACACUGGGAUUGACAAAGAUACCCCCCAUCUACACCCCUCUGUGGUCAUGGCAGAAAAAUCUCAAGUUGGAUCUGACUGCUUGGUUGCUGAGGGUACACAAAUUGGAGAGAAGGUUUCAGUAAAACGUUCUGUGAUUGGUCGACAUUGUAAGAUCGGGGAUCGUGUCAGAAUCACUAAUUCCACAUUACUAGAUAAUGUUAUUGUUGAGGAGGGCUGCAAUAUACAGGGGAGCAUCAUAAGUCGGAGGAGCGUGAUCCGAGAUAAAUGUGAAAUCACCAACUGUCUGGUUGGGCCUGGUCAACAACUCAACACCAUGGGUAAAUACACCAAUGAAGUGAUUGUAGACACAGUGGACAUUUAAGAAGAAGGCACUACAUUUGAUGCUGAUGUUGUGUAUAAUAGUAAAAUAAUUCACUUGUA